CCAUCAAAAGCUCAAAGUGCAGCAGCCAUUUUGUUACUGAGCUAUUGGCCAUGUUGACAUGCAAACUGGAGUUAUUAUGAACAAGACUUGGAGAGAUAAGAACAUUUGACAAGAUGCAGCAGCAGUCCGUGGACAUUUAUGGGUGUUGUUUGGACUAAAUAUUUUACUGGAUUUGGAUCAUCUUGACGUUUGUGAAUGUAUCAGGACCGUUUUGUUGGGAUAUUAUCGAUAGGUGAAUUUUUCUAAGGCCUCAAAGGAAGACCAUACAGAGCCUUGGUACAGAAGGACACAAUGAGGUGGCAGCUCCGCUUGGUUGGCCAGGCAUAGCCGGAACAGGAAGAGAGAUUACCUCCCGGAGGGUCUCUGUCGGUGUGUAACACAGUACAUCAUCAGACAUGUCUUUCCACACCACAAGUGGUCAAAACUCCACAGAGUGCCUUUGAGUUAUUAAAAAGCCUGCAUUAGGUGGAGUUGUGCUGCUACCCACUCUCCCCCGGGAUCUCCGCAAGGGAUGUGAGGACUCUAAAACUUCACCUGAGCCUCCCUCGGCAUAUGGGUGGAGGGCCCCCCGGCUGCAGGGGCUUUUCGGGAGCGCCCUUCCAAACCGACCACCUUUCGCAAGUUCUAUGAGCGUGGAGAGUUCCCGAUGGCACUGAUGCAUGACACCAAGGGCAACCGCAUUGCAUGGAAGGUGGAGAUCGAGAAGCUGGACUACCACCACUAUCUGCCUCUGUUCUUUGAUGGCUUAUGUGAGACUGUUCAUCCGUACGAGUUCUUUGCCCGCCAGGGAGUCCAUGACAUGCUGGAGCACGGAGGCCCCAAGAUUCAACCCGUCAUUCCCCAGCUCAUCAUGCCCAUCAAGAAUGCCCUGAACACCAGGAACCGUCAGGUGAUCUGCACCACCCUGAAAGUCCUGCAGCAUUUGGUGGUGUCCGGAGACAUGGUGGGAGAGGCUCUGGUGCCUUACUACAGACAGAUCCUCCCCAUUUUCAACAUCUUCAAGAACAUGAAGAUCAACUGCGGAGAUUCCAUCUACUACGGCCAGCAGAAGAGAGAGAACAUCGGAGACCUGAUCCAGGAGACUCUGGAGGUGUUUGAGCGCUACGGAGGGGAGGAUGCCUUCAUCAACAUCAAAUACAUGGUGCCUACUUAUGAGUCCUGCAUGAUCAGAUGAGGAGGGAGGGUGUCACCCUGACACUGCACAGACUCUUGCCCCUUCCUCUGCUCUCUUCUGCUCAAACCCUCUCCUCCCGCCUCUCCACCCUCUCUGCUCUUUGGCACAUCCCUUUAAACUCCUAUUAAAUUUAUAACAAUGC